AUAGAACUUCGCGGUGGCUCGCGUUCCACUGUCCGCCCAUGAGCCACCGCGAGGAAAAGGAGGCGGCCGCAUCGGGGCCUUCUCUGAGGGGGGAAGUACAGUGCGCCUGCGUGCAGGCCCUGCUCUGUUGCUUUGCGUUGCUGUGUGGCUGCUGGACUGCUGGCGCCAAUAAUCACCAUUGCUCCCCUAGUGCUUGAACCUGAAGGACUGAGGGGGUAGCUUGCCCGGGCGAGCCGGCGUUUAGGAGCAACUCGGAAGACGGCCCUUCUUCGCUACCCCCGCCGCUUCUGCAGCUGCUUCCAACAUCACCACCGGCGGCCAUGGGUCCCACGUCUCUGCUAUGGAGACGAUGGUCUCUAGCGAGCCGUUGUUGCUGCCUGUGUCACUGGAGGGCGAGUUCUCCAAUAGCAUGAAGGAGAUGAUCGGCGGCUGCUGCGUGUGCUCCGACGAGAGGGGCUGGACCGAGAACCCGCUGGUCUACUGCGACGGGCAUGGCUGCAAUGUCGCAGUGCAUCAAGCAUGCUAUGGAAUUGUGCAAGUACCCACUGGACCUUGGUUUUGCAGAAAAUGCGAAUCUCAGGAAAGAGCAGCUAGAGUGAGAUGUGAGUUAUGCCCUCACAAGGAUGGUGCUUUAAAGAGGACAGACAAUGGAGGUUGGGCUCAUGUGGUUUGUGCUCUGUACAUUCCCGAGGUGCAGUUUGCUAAUGUUUCUACAAUGGAACCUAUCGUGUUGCAGUCUGUCCCUCAUGACCGUUAUAAUAAGACAUGUUAUAUAUGUGAUGAGCAAGGCAGAGAAAGUAAAGCAGCCACUGGUGCUUGCAUGACUUGUAACAAGCAUGGAUGUCGCCAGGCUUUCCAUGUAACAUGUGCACAGUUUGCAGGACUUCUUUGUGAAGAAGAAGGUAAUGGUGCAGAUAAUGUCCAGUAUUGUGGUUACUGUAAAUACCAUUUCAGUAAGCUGAAAAAGAGCAAACGAGCAUCUAAUAGGUCAUAUGAUCAAAGUUUAAGUGAUUCUUCCUCUCACUCUCAGGAUAAGCACCAUGAGAAGGAGAAAAAAAAAUAUAAAGAAAAAGAUAAGCAUAAACAAAAACACAAGAAACAAUCUGAUUCAUCACCAUCCUUGGUUCCUUCUCUCACUGUAACUACAGAGAAAACUUACACAAGCACUACCAACAAUUCUAUGACAGGCUCCUUGAAGAGACUUGAAGAUACCACAGCUCGCUUUACAAAUGCAAAUUUCCAGGAAGUUUCUGCACAUACUUCAAGUGGCAAAGAUGUUUCUGAGGCCAGAGGUUCAGAGAGCAAAGGGAAGAAGUCAGCAGGUCAUAAUUCAGGUCAGAGGGGAAGAAAGCCUGGUGCUGGAAGGACUCCUGGAGCUCCGGUGUCAACAGCUUGUAGUUUUCAACAAGGCAGUUUUUUGGGAACUCCAAGCAGUAUAAAGUCAUCCUCUGGAAGUUCAGUUCAAUCUCCCCAGGAUUUCUUAAGUUUUACAGACUCGGAUCUACGUAAUGACAGCUAUACUCAUUCCCAGCAGACAUUGUCAACCAAAGAUAUACAUAAAGGAGAGACUGGAGGCCAGGAAGGGGGUGUGAAUUGUUUUACUUCCUUAAUUGGUCUCCCUUCAACCUCAGCUGUUGCCUCCCAGUCUAAUAUUUUUGACAGCUCACCUGGAGAGUUGGGUAAUUCAAGCCUUACAUCAACAGGAUACAAGCGUGUUCAAUCUUCCGGGAUAGAUGAUGAGACUGUAAAGGAAAAGAAACGGAAAGGAAAUAAGCAGUGUAAACAUGGGCCUGGUAGGCCCAAAGGAAAUAAAAGUCAGGAGAAUAUUUCCCAUCUAUCGGUUUGUUCUGCUUCCCCAACGUCAUCUGUGGCUUCUGCUGCUGGAAGUGUAACAAGCUCAAAUCUACAAAAAUCUCCAACUUUGCUCAGAAAUGGAAGUCUACAAAGUCUUAGUGUUGGUUCUUCUCCUGUUGGUUCUGGCAUUUAUAGCAGUAAUGAUGUAGCAGUGUCAUUUCCAAACAUAGUGUCUGGCUCAGGAUCUAGCACUCCUGUUUCCAGUUCACAUUUACCUCAGCAGACUUCUGGUCAUGUGCAGCAAAUGUCUCCAUCAUCUACACCUUCUGUAACUACUGCUGUCGCUACAACUCAGGCAAAUGCUCUAUCUGGAUCUUCUCUCAGCUUCCCUCCAUCCCAUGUGUAUGGUAAUAGGCUGAAUCCCAGCACCUCAAUGGCAGCACUUAUAGCACAGUCUGAGAACAGUCAAACAGAUCAAGAUCUUGGAGACAAUAGCCGCAGCCUUGUUGGCAGGGGAGGUUCACCCAGAGGAAGUCUUUCACCACGGUCUCCUGUAACUAGUUUACCUAUUCGUUAUGAUCCACCGGGGAAUAACAGUGUGGACCAUUUGCCUCCAGUACCGGUUACUAUAGAACAGCUUCUGGAGAGGCAAUGGAGUGAAGGGCAGCAGUUCUUACUGGAGCAGGGCACCCCUAGUGACAUUUUAGGAAUGUUGAAGUCAUUACACCAGCUUCAAGUUGAAAAUCGCCGUUUGGAAGAACAGAUUAAAAAUUUGACUGCUAAAAAGGAGCGCCUGCAGCUACUAAAUGCCCAGCUUUCGGUUCCUUUCCCAACAAUAACAUCCAAUCCAAGUCCAUCUCAUCAGAUGCAUGCAUUUUCAUCCCAAGCUGCUGCUAGCACUGAUUCUUUGAACAGCAGCAAGAGCCCUCAUCUGGGAACCAGCUUUCUGCCGGACAAUUCCCUUCCUGUAUUAAAUCAGGAGAUAAACUCCAGUGGACAAAGCACCAGUAGUUCUUCUGCUCUUUCUACUCCACCACCUGCUGGGCAAAGUCCAGCUCAGCAAGGCACAGGAGUUCAACAGGUCAAUGGUGUGAUGGUGGGGGCACUUGCCAGUGGAAUGCAGACUGUAACAUCUACCAUCCCUGCAGUGGGCGGAAUAAUUGGAACUCUGCCAGGUAACCAACUGGCAAUCAAUGGAAUUGUUGGGGCUUUAAAUGGGGUAAUUCAGACCCCUGCCACAAUAUCACAGAACCCUUCUGCUCUCCCUCACACAACUGUGACACCGAAUGCAACGCAUCCUUUGCCGACUACAUUGAGUAACAGUGCCUCCAGACUUGGAUUUCUUCCUGACCAGCAGAGACAGCUUUUGCUACAUCAACAGCACCAGCAAUUUCAGCAGUUACUGAAUACUCAACAAUUCACAUCAGAACAGCAUCAGGCUCUUCUGUAUCAACUAGUGCAGCAGCAGCAGCAGCAGCAGCACCAUCAACCUGAAGUACAGCAGUUGCAGAUUUCGGGAGCAACACAGAUUCCCAUCAAUAACUUGCUGGCAGGCACUCAGGCAUCUCCGCUUCAUACCGCUACAACAAAUCCAUUUCUUACCAUCCAUGGGGAUAAUUCAGCUCAAAAGAGGCUGAACGAUAAAACUGGACCAGUUGCCCCAGAAAAGAACUGACAUUUGGGAAAAUGAAGAGAGAAUUAACUGCGUAUCCCUGCUGUGAUAGCACUUCAUCAGGCUGCAAUCUGUAGCCCCCCCUCCCCCAGCCCACAGGUAUGACUAGCUGCAGCAAGGAGCUAACUGCACACUAGAAAAGCGAAUCUUCUUGGUGAUGUUAUUGUAAGGCUUUGACCUUGUUGCUUUUUUGUUGCACUGAAAAUGAACUGUUUUCUUCAGAUUUCACGGAACUCUGGAAAAAGUUUUUUUGCAUCCCAGGGACUCCUGUUGAACAAUAGUUUGAAUUCUGUUGCUGAAUAAGUAGCCUGAUAACAUAUUGGAGUGCUGAUAAACAGCCAACCGGUUCCAUUUCUUUGAAGAAAGCAAACCAAAUUUGCAAUAUCUGCCAACGACGGGUUGUAGUUCCUGUAGAUCAUUAAAUGUUAAGAAAUAACAGCUUUCUCCAGCUGAGGACUAGGUGAACUUAGUCUUUUCUUGACUUUUAAAUGGAUAUUUUGAUAGAGCGUGAACUUUUAAGGAGACAUGACAAAAGGUGGUUAAUCUUGAGUUGGAUUGUUCAGAAAUGAUAAAAUCUUACCAGAUGAGAAAGUGACUCAAGUUCUGGAAAUGUUUGACCUACCCCAAGUGCCUGUUGCUUACCUCUGUUGGGUUGGAAUGGCUUUAAACAGCUGGGCGUGCACUAAACAAGUCUUGGAAAGCGGUCAGAGUGAUCACCCUUGCACCAGCAGCCUCCCCCCAUUAAUCUGCCUUUAUUAGAAGUGUGUGUCACUGUAGAUAGCUCAGGCAAAUUGCUACCUGGGUUGCUUUCCACUAAUAAAUUACCAAAAAAGAGGAGAGAGAUUUUAAUGUUUCUUAUGAAAAGGUUUGAACGGGUGAAGUGUUUGAAUAUAUUAACUUUGAAUAGUUUAAUUCAUGGUAUGACUAUGCAGCAUAGCAGAAGAUAGAUUAAAGUUGGGGGCUAAUGACCACUAAUUUGAAGUUUUAAAGUGUGAAUUAUUAGUGGAAAAUACCCAAGUAUAAUUAGACCUUCACUGUGUACUUAAUUGGAAUAACCCUAUUGUUUCUGCAAUAUUGCUUGGUUGAACAUUGCACAGUUCUUACCUCAUUUCUGUAAAUAAGGUUUUGUGACUGUUUUGUAUUGUGAAAAGUUCAUAAAAUGUGGAUAUUUUGAUUUGUAAUAUUUCUAAUUGGUAGAUUUAAUUAAAAAGUAAAGAAUAAUUUAUUUUUAUAUGUUCAUGGAAAUUUUUUUAAAAAGUCAAAACAUCGCUUUUGUAGAUAAUUUACUAAAUAAAUCAGUAUGGUUUAAUUUGUUUAAACCACUUGUUAAUAUUCUGUAACAAUUUGUACAAACAAUUGCUGUUUUGCCUAGAUGUAAAAUUGCAAGUUUAUAAAAAAUAUGUACAAAACUUUGGUUAAUAAAUUUUUAAUAUUGUUUAUGGUUAUAAAAA